GUAUACUUGCUUUGGGAGAUAUAAACAAGCAGCUGUAGAGGAUAAAUGAAUAAGCAUCUAUUGGUACAAUGGCUGACCACUGGAACAAAGUUUCAUUACUGGGAAUACUGAUCAUUCCAUUAUGCUUCACAGGAGUUAAUGCAAACGUUUCACAGAACUGCAGUGAUUUCCAAUCUUAUUCAUGGAGGAAUAUUUUAAAAAGGUCAAAACUCAAUGUCCAGUUCAUGCUACUUACCCGCAGGAAUGCCGCUUGUGCACAGGUUAUUAAUGACGACAAUGACAUUGAGAAUUCAAACUUCAAUGGGAGUCUUCCCACCAAACUAAUAAUGCAUGGAUUCAGGGCAGAGAGCAAGAUGCCUUUUCGAGAAGCUAACAAUGAAGCAGACACUUACAGGCUGGCGAAAGAAUUGAUUAAUGCAAUGGACGUGAAUGUUGUUAUUGUUGACUGGAUUAUUGGUGCAACAGCUUUAUAUUCCAGUGCAGUGAAAAAUUUGGAUGAGCUAGGAGAGGAGAUUGGUACCCUUAUACAAAGCUUUAUUUCACGCGGAAGCACAAAAGAAUCAUUCCAUUUGAUUGGAAUCAGUCUGGGAGCACAUGUGGGAUUUGUGGGUCGCAUGUUUGAUGGAAAACUAGGAAGAAUAACAGGUUUAGAUCCUGCUGGGCCUAAAUUUUCAAAGACAGCUGUUGACAAACGCCUUGAUCCUGGCGAUGCAGUGUUUGUUGAAGCUAUUCAUAGUGACUCUGACUACUUUGGAAUUUCACAACCAGUUGGCCAUAUUGAUUUCUACAUAAAUGAUGGAAAGGACCAACCUGGUUGUGCACGAUCUUCUUCACUCUCAGUGUACAGAUUUCUAAUCUGUGACCACAUGAGAGCAGUUUAUCUGUACAUCAGUUCCAUCAAGAAUCAUUGUCCAUUGGUGGCUUUCCCUUGUCAGACAUACGAGCAAUUUAUCACUGGGCAAUGUGUGGAUUGCCAUUACCACUCCCUGAGGCAUUGUCCUCGCAUAGGACUUUUGGAGCAUGCGGGUUUGCGUGCAGUUAUACAACCAAGGGAAGUUAAAGCAUUCCUGAUGACAUCAAGUCAUGUUCCUUACUGUGUCAAACAUUUUCUGGUAGAACUGUAUUUGGGAAAUGUUGGAAUUCACGAUCAGCAUGUUGAAAUAACAUUUCUGAGUAAUAACUACAACCAAACGUCAAAACUGCACCUAUUAAUACCUAAUAAGCAUUCAAAUACAAGAAUAAUGAAAAAAGUGAUGUCAUAUGAUCCAAGCUUUGGGAACAUGACAGCUAUCACUAUUAAGCUGUUGUCUACCUGGCGUAGAAAAAAACACCCAAUUCAUAUUGAGAAGUUGCGCUUUACAGAGCUCCCUUUGAAUGACAGAGAGAGACAAUCUCGCUGCAUCUACAACAUGGUGAUAGAUAAAGUCUUAUUUGAACAAUUUGAUAACUGUUGAGCAAAAUGCCUGAAUGUCUAUUGCUUCAAGAACAAAACUGCCAGACAAUCCUCUCAUUAACAAAUCAGGAAGACUUCAAAUGUUCUUUCCUAGGGAAACAAAGUGAAAUUUAACAUGCCUUACUGUAGAAAUUUAUAUUAUGAAGAAGAAAUAUACUGAACUUGAUUAGUUGCAUUGCAUGUGAAAGUUUGUUAUGACUGGUUAAUACAUAGUAUACAUAAAUAUAAACCAAGCAUGCAUCUGCAGCAGAUAUAGUUAAUCAUGUAGUGGAUGUACAAUUAGAAUGGAUAACAACAAAACAAACAUGUAUACAGUUGUAUUGUGGCUCCCACCAUUAAAAUAAAUUAAAACUUGUGUGAA